AUGCAGUCUUUGUAACCGUAAAUGAUUACAAACUAACAGAGCGAACUAAAAAUCAAGAUAGAGUCACAGGAUGUACUUUACUUUAGGUAACGUUAACGUUAGCGGUAUCUAUUGUCAUUCUCCCCAAGCUGCAGUCGUGCUCGUCGUAAUGGGUUUCCAUGGGCGGAGUGUGUAAAAACCAAGGGUCUCCUUCAGUCUCGGCUCCAGCAUCAGCAGCAGGUCAUCAUGAGGAUGAGACUGAAGCUGAAGACAGUGUUUGUCCUGUACUUCAUGGUGUCUCUGUUUGGGCUCCUGUACGCGCUGAUGCAGCUCGGUCAGCGCUGUGACUGUCGAGAUCAUGAGCAAUCUAAAGAUCAGCAGAUCUCUCAGCUGAAAGGGGAACUGCAGAAGCUGCAGGAGCACAUCAAAACAUCAGAGCUGUCCAAGAAGACGGAUGUGCCCAGAAUAUACGUCAUAACACCCACAUAUGCUAGACUGGUGCAGAAAGCUGAGCUCACUCGUCUAUCUCACACAUUCCUCCACGUUCCCCAGCUGCACUGGAUCGUGGUGGAAGAUGCUCCUCAGCAAACUCAGCUCGUCUCCGACUUCCUGUCUGCUUCCGGCUUGACCUACACUCAUCUAAACAAGCUGACGCCCAAGGAGAGGAAGCUGCAGGAGGGAGACCCCAACUGGCUGAAGCCCCGGGGGGCUGAGCAGAGGAACGAGGGUCUGCGCUGGCUCAGAUGGAUGGGUUCUACAGUUCACGGGAAAGAAGCAGCUGCCCUUGAAGAGGCCGUGGUUUACUUUGCUGAUGAUGACAACACGUACAGCCUACAGCUUUUUGAAGAGAUGCGCUAUACUUACCGUGUGUCAGUGUGGCCUGUGGGUCUGGUGGGUGGGAUGAAGUUUGAGCGGCCCGUGGUGGAGGAUGGGAAGGUUGUGCGUUUCCACACUGGCUGGCGUCCCAAUCGGCCCUUCCCUAUCGACAUGGCUGGAUUUGCAGUGUCCCUGAGGCUGGUACUGACCAAUAAGGAAGCUUUGUUUGACGGAGACGCUCAGAUGGGCUUCCUGGAAAGCAGUUUCCUUCAGCACCUGGUCACUAUGGAUGACCUUGAACCGAAAGCAGACCUGUGCACCAAGGUGCUGGUUUGGCACACCCGGACUGAGAAGCCAAAGAUGAAGAGAGAAGAAGCUUUGCUGAAGCAGGGGAUGGGCUCUGAUCCGGAUGUGGAGGUGUGAGCAGAACAUGCCCGAACUUCACCAAACAUCCACACUUCCAUUGUGCCAAACACAUUCUCUUAUUUAUCUGGCAAGAGCUGAAGCUUGUAAUGUAAUGCAGACACUAUAAAUGUGAACUCUGGCCUACAAACCAAAGACAUGAGGAAUGAGGAAAGAAAAUGAUGAAUGCAUAGAUAAGAAAAGCAGGAGAUGCACACAGAACAACCCGUGACUUAAAUGCAAAUGGCUUGCUAGAAAUCAUUUUACAUUUCAGAAUCCAUGCUUAUCAUCUGAAUAGUAUUUAAAGAAUUUUACAGGCACGCAAGUUGAGCUUGUGUCGAUGUUUUUAGAAAUGUAUAAAAGUUUGCCGGGAUUAUAUUUAUUACUCAUUGUUA